GAGGGCUGCGCGCCGACCAGUCAGACAGUCUGUCAGCGGGACCUGAGAGCUGCGCGUAGGACAGAAGGAGCUGGAUAAAGCGCACCGGCUCCGCGCAUGUAUUUGCACAUUUUUCUUUCCCUUCUUCGAUUCCGCCUCGUCUCUUAGGCUGUCGGAUGCUGGAUGCAAUCCAUCCCCGCGUCAAGAAUACACCUCUGACGGACGAACCAUGGACAGCCUAGGCAGCCGCUGUAAGAUUGUGGUUGUCGGGGACACGCAAUGUGGGAAAACGGCACUCCUGCACGUUUUUGCCAAGGACUGCUAUCCAGAGAACUACGUGCCUACAGUGUUUGAAAACUACACAGCCAGUUUUGAGAUAGACAAGCACCGGAUUGAGCUGAAUAUGUGGGACACGUCAGGUUCCUCUUAUUAUGACAAUGUUAGGCCACUGGCGUAUCCUGAUUCUGAUGCGGUUCUCAUCUGCUUCGACAUCAGCCGCCCAGAGACUUUGGACAGUGUCAUAAAAAAGGGGGUUGCCAUGACCCUCUGA